AUGCUGGGGCUGAACUCAUUGCUCUGCCUCUUGCUCUUUGCGACAUCCACUCCAGCGCAGUCCACUGAUGGUCUCUACAGCCUCGUCAAGCGGCGAUUGCCCAAUCAUGUUGAUGACUUCCACUUCACGAUAGAUAAGUCCAACUUCACAGGCACCGAAGGCUAUGAUCAGUUCAUGGUCUCCAGUGCGCCGAAUGGCUCGGUUCUGGUAAAGGGCAACUCCAUAUCGGCGCUGUCAUCAGGACUUCAUCGCUACUUAACCGACAUUGCUCAUGUCGACAUCUAUUGGUUCAUCGGGAGCCGCUUAGAUCAAGCUCCUUCCAAGCUCCCUCGUCUCGCCAAGCCAAUCCAAGGCUCCAGCACGGUGCCCUGGAGGUAUCACUUGAAUACAGUCACCUUCUCUUAUACUAUGGCCUUUUGGACAUGGGAGGACUGGGAAAAUCAACUAGACUGGCUAGCCCUCCACGGUGUCAAUUUGCCCCUUGCAUGGGUUGGUCAAGAAAAGAUUCUUGUGGAUGUUUUCCAAGAGAUUGGACUCACUGACGCCGAGAUCGCGACAUUUCUCAGCGGACCUGCGUUCCAGGCAUGGAACCGAUUCGGAAAUAUACAAGGCUCUUGGGGUGGUGAUCUCCCUCGGUCUUGGAUUGACCAGCAGUUUGCGUUGCAGAAGAAGAUUCUACCUCGUAUGGUAGAACUAGGCAUGACACCUGUCCUGCCUUCGUUUACGGGGUUUGUGCCUAUGAACACCACACGUGUCCUUCCAGAUGCACAAAUCGUCAGAGGAUCCCAGUGGGCCGGCUUCCCUCUGCAGUACUCGAAUGACUCGUUCCUUGAGCCAUUUGACGACAACUUCGCCAAAUUGCAAUCCAGCUUCAUCAGUAAGCAGCGUGCCGCCUACGGCAACGUCAGUCACAUCUACACUCUGGAUCAGUAUAACGAGAAUUCUCCUUAUUCUGGAGAUCUGGAUUAUCUCCGCAACGUCACCCUGAAUACCUGGAAGAGUCUCAAGCAAGCAGACCCCGAUGCAAUCUGGAUGAUGCAAGGCUGGCUUUUCUACGCACAAUCCGCUUUCUGGACCGAGGAGCGGAUAGAAGCCUUCCUCUCGGGCGUGGAGGAUAAUAACGACAUGCUUAUUUUGGAUCUAUUCUCCGAAUCUGCACCUCAGUGGCGCCGAACAAAAUCCUACUACGGUAAGCCAUGGCUUUGGUGCCAGGUGCAUGAUUAUGGAGGUAACAUGGGCCUCUACGGGCAACUCUCAAAUAUCACCGUGAAUGCGACCCAAGCACGAAUUGAAUCUUCAUCCUUGGUUGGGUACGGGUCGACAAUGGAAGGACAAGAGGGCAAUGAGAUCAUUUACACUACCCUGUUAAGUCAGGCGUGGUCAACGACACCUUUAGACACCGAGCAAUACUUUCAUGACUGGGUAACUACCCGAUACUCUGGCUGCGGGUCAAUGCCCAGGGAGCUUUAUGACGCAUGGGAAGUGAUGCGAACUACCGUAUUUGACAACACAAAUACUUCAGUGACCUCAGUCAUCAAAUCUGCGUUUGAAAUUCGUCCGAGCUUGGAGAACAUUCGAGUAGGGUUCCAGAGCACGGAGCUCACCUACGACCCUUCUAUAGUCGUGCAAGCGUGGCAAAGCCUCUAUCAGGCUGCGAGCUUAGAGCCGAAGCUCUGGACAAAUCCGGCCUACCAACAUGACGUGGUUGAUGUAACGCGUCAAGUCAUGGCCAAUGCGUUCAUUCCCUUGUAUCUGGGCCUACUAUCUGCCUGGAAUACCUCCGACUCAAGCUCUUUAUCCAAGGAAGGCGACAAAUUGAUCGAUUUCCUCGGAGAUCUCGACACUGUUCUUCUCACCAAUUCCAAUUUCCGAUUAUCGAAAUGGAUCAAGUCGGCCAGGGCGUGGGCGGAUGGCGACAAUGCUCAGGCGUCAUUCCUAGAGUACAACGCCCGCAAUCAAAUUACACUUUGGGGGCCCAACGGUGAGAUUGCCGACUACGCCUCCAAGCAAUGGGGUGGUCUAAUCUCGACGUUUUACAUCCCCCGCUGGCGAAUUUUCAUCCAGUACUUGAAGUCCACGCCACCCGCAUCGUACAAUACUACCGACGUGACGAGCCGGUUGAUGGAUUUUGAGCAGAAAUGGCAGACGGAGACCUGGACUGAACCAGAACCUAGUGCAGAUGCGGAGAACUUGGAGAAGGUUUUGAACGGUGUUCGUAGUCGCUGGACCACUGUCUUUGGGGAACGGUGA